AUUAAAUUUUUCAACAGGAAUACAUCAUCUAAAUUCAAGGACAUCAUCUCAGAAAGUCUCCUGAUCCAAUCAGGAUCCCCAUCCGUUUUCCAACUAGACACAAAAACAGAGGACUUUGGACCUCUGACUAGGAAAACUCUCGGAAAGAAAAAUUUGAACAAGGCCAACAGAGCAGUGCUGCUGGUUGGUGAAACAGGAGCAGGAAAGUCUACUGUCAUCAACGCUCUGGUCAACCACACCAUGGGAGUGAAGUUCGAGGAUGAGGUCUGGUUUCAGAUCGUAGAAGAUGAGAAGAGAGGGCAGACUGAAAGCCAGACAUCAGAUGUGAUUGUAUACGAGAUCUUUGGGUUUGAAGAUCAAACUCUGCCGUUCUCUCUGACCAUCAUCGAUACGCCUGGGUUUGGAGACACCAGAGGGAUUGAAAAAGAUCUUAUCGUCAGUCAGAGACUGUUUGACUUGUUUCGAUCAGAUGAGGGAAUUCAGGAGAUUCAUGCUGUGGGUCUGGUGGUGAAGGCCACGGAUAAUCGAGUGAACGAUCGCCUUUCAUACGUCUUCAAUUCAGUCAUGUCUCUAUUUGGGAAAAACCUGGAGCAAAGCAUUGUGGCUCUCAUAACUCACUCAGAUGGAAGACAGCCUAAAAAUGUUCUUCAAGCUCUUGAAGCUACAAAAAUAAGAUGUGCCAAAAAUGAAAAGAAUCAACCCAUUUAUUUUCUUUUUGAUAACUCCCAAAGUGAUGACCGAUCAGAGGACACUGAGUUUAUAAAAAUUGCUACUGAAAUUUCAGAGAGAGGUCUGAGAACCUUUACAGACUUCUUGGAGAAGAAAACAGCCCAAAAACUGAUGACGACUACAGACGUCCUGAACGAACGCAUCAGCCUGACAGCCUGUGUCCAAAACCUGCAGGAGAGAAUCCUGCUAAUCGAGCAGAAACAAGUGGAGCUCAAACAAACUCAUGACGCUCUGGUCAAACAAGUAGAAAACAUGAAUAAAUCAGAGACGUUCACUGUUGAGGUCGAUGUUGUCUUCAAAGAAAAGGAGCCUCUGAGAAGUCAAAAGAUUUUCAGGCAAAAUAUUUUUGAGAAAGCAAUGGUCUGCACCAUCUGUGAGGAGAACUGCCACUAUCCUGGCUGUACACUUGUUCGCAGGCCCCAACAUUGUGAGGUCAUUAGAAAAGGUCAUUGCACCGUCUGUACUGGUAAAUGUCCUGCAUCGGCUCAUGUGAAGGAAAACUGGAGAUAUGUCACUAAGACCAAGAAGGUUAAGAAGACUGUAGGAGUUAAGAAAGAGAUAAAGACAGAGAAGGGUGAUGCUGAGAAAAACUUUAAUAUUGUAAAAGGUCUUAUAAAUGAAAUACAGAAACUGAGAUCAGAGAAGUUUCAGCUCAUUGAUGAGGCGUACCAACAUGUUAUCAAACUGGAGGAGAUUGCCCUACAAGUUAAUGCUGGGACCACUUUAGUUCACUUGGAUUUCUUGAUUACGAAGAUGAAGGAGAAAGGAGACACAAAGAAAGUUCAGAAACUGGACGAGAUGAGGACCCAAAUGGAUGAAGGGACCAAAUUAGCACUACAGUAUUUGUGGGGCAGAGUAACGACCGUGUAAAAAAAAUGACAAAUCAACAGUCACAACAA